GUUUUAUGAAGCCCCCCCAGGUAAUACUGAUGCAUGCUAAAGAUUGAGAAAUACUUGCUUAAGUAAUUUAAAAAAAAUAGAUGCUUCUCUCCUUGGGCUGUCCAAGGAGAAUAUGUUUUCAGCAUCUUCAGACACCCGCAAAUGUGAGGGGCCCAGAGGAAAUCCCUGCUUCUCUGUACCCUGACUUCAAGGAGCCACCAUCUGUAACAUGUAACAGCUUUUUACUCCCAGGGAACAACCUGGGACAUAGUGAUAGGGUUCACUAGAACCCCAACAUGAUUGCAGGGGACUAUGCUGGGGAGCUUGAAGACUGGGGAGUCUCUAUAGGUGGCAAGGGUGGGUGCCAGGAAUGUAGCCCUCUGUUCUGGGACUGAGGUGGGGCAGAAGAGUGUGCUGGGGAUGGGGCACAUAUGGUUCCAUUAUGGUGCCGACUGGGAUCCCAGCACCGUAGUGGUUUUCAGCAUCUUGGUAUUUUAAUGAUGCCGAUCAUGUACCUGCUCCCUGCUCAUGUUUAUUAGUGUGCUUAUCAGUGUGCUUACUGGACGCUUCUUAUGCAGCCACAUCUGGAGUAAUGUUCAGGAUAAUCCUAUAAGGUAGGCAUCAUCAUUGCCCCAUUUUAUAGAGACCACAUUAGCUAUAAGGUGGUAGAUCUGGAAUUUUAUAGAAUUAGAUAGGGGUGCUUAGAAGCGUGAACUCACUGGAAGAAGGGCAGUGGGGAUUAUCUAGAAGUAUUUGUAUAGGAGGCACAAUUUAGCUUGUUUUCUAGAGAGCAAAUACAGUCUCCAAAUGAGUGAAUCAGGCCUUUCUAGGGGUAGGAUUGUGUUGGGGUGGUUAGACCUCAAGCCCCCAAGUUGGGGCCUCUCCUGCAGACACAUGGUCCUUCUCCCUGCUCUGUGCGCAGGCUGUUUCAGACUGGGAGGCUCAGGGCUGAAUUCAAGGUCCCACAGCUAAGGCAGGAGAGACAGUGAGAGCAAAAAGUGGGUCUCCUCUGAAGUUUGGAGGGAGUGAGGGAGCAAGAACAGAGUCCACAGUCUAUCCUGCUGUUCUUUCUGCCUCAGAGUCCCCAGGGCUUUCCAGACUCUUCCACUCUUCAGUGGGAAACUGAGGCCCAGAGAGGAACAGCUGCUUACCCACACCAGGCCACGUUUUAGAGCAGAAUGGGACAGAGCUCUCUCUGUCCUGACCAGGGAAGGGUUCAUUUCUGAAAUCUGUUCCUGCUCCAUCUCCCAUCUUGGGCAGGCCGGGUAGCCCUCAGGGUGGCCCGGAGCAAUGCUGGGGGCAGAUAUGGGUGUGACCUGGGGAGAAAGCUGCCAAGGAGGGGUGGGGUGGCUUCCAAGAGGAAGAACACCAAGAAGCCCAAGCUCCAGACGGAAACCAAAUGUAUUUUCUAGGUCCUGAGAGGAUAUUUGGAACAAUGGAAGUGGGAUGGGGGAAGUUGGACUAUAAAAAAGGCUUCUUGAUAUCCUUAAACAAAAAAAGUAGAGCCUGUAGGUUUGACUUUUGUUUCUCUGAGGAUGUUUAUGUAACUUCCUGAAAGCAGGACCCCACAGCUCCAUGAAGUUUGGCAGAUGCUGUUGUUUAUAGACUCAGGGCUUUGGAGCUGGGAAGGACUCUAUUGGGAGUCUCUCCAUUUGACAGGUGGUGAAAUCGAGGCUCUGGGGAGCCUGGGAGGGGCAGCAUGAGGCGGCACCAUGAAGCAGCAGAGGACGAGGACAUAGGACUAGGCUCUGGUGCUCAGAGAGAAUCCGUGAGUUCCACCAGGUUGUCAGAGGACUGGGCGACCAUGGAAGUGCCGACUGGGGCCGAGGGGGCUGUAUGUGCGCAGUGAGACUGAAGAGAGGGCUGCUGAGGGGCAGCUUGGCCCCAGAGGCCCCACAGAGUGAGCAGCAUGCUGCACCCCGAAGCCUGCCCAGUCUUCUUCUGUCUGCUGCUCAGACCCCCCAGGAGGCGCUGACGCCCUGGGGCACUUCUGCUGUGCACAGGACCACGUGGGGGUUUGCCAUGGUGACAUAAAGGGGCGCAGGGGAAGGAAGGAGCGCAACCAGCCUGUGGACUGUGCCCCUGGCUGGGAGGAAGGGCCAGGGGCCCAGAUCCUCCACUCCCACUGCCCACUGAGGACCUUGCUUGCUAAGUCUCUGUGAAUUUGUUAGUCAGUGGACAACUCUGGUGUUUCCCCUUUCGUGGGGCCUUGGGGUAGCCAGGGCAGGCCAAGCCUCCAGUGGCCCAGGUCUUGGGGGCCAGGAUGCCCUCCCUGGCGCGUCUCCGCAGGCUGUGUCGGCACGUGUCCCCGCAGGCUGUCCUGUUCCUGCUGUUUAUCUUCUGCCUGUUCAGUGUCUUUGUCUCGGCCUACUACCUGUACGGCUGGAAGCGGGGCCUGGAGCCCUCAGCGGAAGCUGCUGAGCCUGACUUUGGGGACCCACCACCCGUGGCCCCCAGCCGCCUGCUGCCACUCAAGCCCAUGCAGGCAGCUGCCCCUUCCCGCACGGACCCACUGGUGCUGGUGUUUGUGGAGAGCCUGUACUCGCAGCUGGGCCAGGAGGUGGUGGCCAUCCUGGAGUCCAGUCGCUUCAAGUACCGCACUGAGAUCGCCCCAGGCAAGGGUGACAUGCCCACGCUCACCGACAAGGGCCGUGGCCGCUUCGCCCUCAUCAUCUAUGAGAACAUCCUCAAGUAUGUCAACCUGGACUCCUGGAACCGGGAGCUGCUGGACAAAUACUGUGUGGCCUACGGCGUGGGCAUCAUUGGCUUCUUCAAGGCCAACGAGAACAGCCUGCUGAGCGCGCAGCUCAAGGGCUUCCCCCUGUUCCUGCACUCGAACCUGGGCCUGAAGGACUGCAGCAUCAACCCCAAGUCCCCUCUGCUCUACGUGAUGAGGCCCAGUGAGGUGGAGAAGGGCGUGUUGCCAGGUGAGGACUGGACGGUAUUCCAGUCAAACCACUCCACCUAUGAGCCGGUGCUGUUGGCUAAGACACGCUCGUCCGAGUCCAUCCCGCACCUGGGCGCGGACGCCGGCCUGCAUGCCGCACUGCAUGCCACGGUGGUCCAGGACCUGGGCCUCCACGAUGGGAUCCAGCGCGUGCUGUUCGGCAACAACCUCAACUUCUGGCUGCACAAGCUUGUCUUUGUUGACGCCGUGGCCUUCCUCACUGGCAAGCGCCUGUCGCUGCCUUUGGAUCGCUAUAUCCUGGUGGACAUCGAUGACAUCUUUGUGGGCAAGGAGGGCACGCGCAUGAAGGUGGAGGACGUGAAGGCCCUGUUUGACACCCAGAACGAACUCCGCACACACAUCCCCAACUUCACUUUCAACAUGGGCUACUCAGGGAAAUUCUUCCACACAGGUACCGAUGCCGAGGACGCUGGGGACGACCUGCUGCUGUCCUAUGUGAAGGAGUUCUGGUGGUUCCCCCACAUGUGGAGCCACAUGCAGCCCCACCUUUUCCACAACCAGUCAGUGCUGGCUGAGCAGAUGGCCCUGAACAAGAAGUUCGCUGUCGAGCAUGGCAUUCCCACCGACAUGGGGUACGCAGUGGCGCCCCACCACUCGGGUGUGUACCCUGUGCAUGUGCAGCUGUAUGAGGCCUGGAAGCAGGUGUGGGGCAUCCGUGUGACCAGCACAGAGGAGUACCCUCACCUGAAGCCGGCCCGCUACCGCCGUGGCUUCAUUCACAAUGGCAUCAUGGUCCUCCCACGGCAGACUUGUGGCCUCUUCACACACACCAUCUUCUACAACGAGUACCCAGGGGGCUCUGGUGAGCUGGACAAGAUCAUCAAUGGGGGCGAGCUCUUCCUCACUGUGCUUCUCAACCCUAUCAGCAUCUUCAUGACGCACCUGUCCAAUUACGGCAACGACCGCCUGGGCCUGUACACCUUCAAGCACCUGGUGCGCUUCCUGCACUCCUGGACCAACCUCCGGCUGCAGACACUACCCCCUGUGCAGCUGGCUCAGAAGUACUUCCAGAUCUUCUCAGAGGAGAAGGACCCUCUCUGGCAGGACCCAUGUGAGGACAAGCGCCAUAAAGACAUCUGGUCUAAGGAGAAGACAUGUGACCGCUUCCCAAAGCUCCUCAUCAUUGGCCCCCAGAAAACAGGCACCACAGCCCUCUACCUGUUCCUGGGCAUGCACCCUGACCUCAGCAGCAACUACCCUAGCACCGAGACAUUUGAGGAAAUCCAGUUUUUUAAUGGCCACAACUAUCACAAAGGCAUCGACUGGUACAUGGAGUUUUUCCCUAUCCCCUCCAACACCACCUCUGAUUUCUACUUUGAGAAAAGCGCCAACUACUUUGAUUCAGAAAUGGCACCCCGGCGGGCAGCUGCACUGCUGCCCAAGGCCAAGGUCCUGACCAUUCUCAUCAACCCCGCCGACCGGGCCUAUUCCUGGUACCAGCAUCAGAGAGCCCACGAUGACCCAGUGGCUCUGAAGUACACGUUCCAUGAGGUGAUCACAGCGGGGCCUGAUGCAUCUCCAAAGCUCCGUGCCCUGCAGAACCGCUGCCUGGUCCCUGGCUGUUACGCCGUCCACAUCGAGCGCUGGCUCAGCGCCUUCCAUGCCAACCAGAUUCUAGUCUUGGAUGGCAAGCUGCUGCGAACAGAACCUGCCAAAGUGAUGGACACAGUGCAAAAGUUCCUUGGGGUGACUAACACCAUUGAUUACCACAAAACCUUGGCGUUCGAUCCAAAGAAAGGAUUUUGGUGCCAACUGCUUGAAGGAGGAAAAACCAAGUGUCUGGGCAAAAGCAAGGGUCGGAAGUACCCUGAGAUGGACUUGGAUUCCCGCACCUUCCUAAAGGACUAUUACCGGGACCACAAUGUUGAGCUUUCAAAGCUGCUGUACAAGAUGGGCCAGACGCUGCCCACCUGGCUGCGGGAGGACCUCCAGAACACCAGGUAGCCAUGGCUACCACAACCAGAGGAAUGCUUGUGAUGGCAGGGAUGUCCCGUCGCACGCUGAGCCAGACUGACCUGCAGAGUGGGGAGCCGGGUCUGGGCUGGCCGAGCGCUUAUGAGCAAUACUCCCUAAGGCCCGGGCAGGGCCGGGAGAGGAGGCCAGGCAGGGCCACGAGCGCUUCCAGUCAUCCAGUGUUGAGCCUGCGGCUAGUGGGACCCCCCAGAGGUCCGUUCCGUUCACAGCCUUUCAUGGGCGGCCACUUCCUGUUGGUGGAAGGUCACUUCCUGGUAGGAGGACAUCCGUGAGACUCUUCUGUCCCUCACUGUGCUCUGCCAACCUCACGCUCCCCUUCAUCCCAUUGUCCCCUGCCCUGGCAGGGUUUCCCUCAGUAUUAGCUGCCAUAUUUUCCCUGUCCUCCAGACAACAAGGGAGUGAAGCCCGGCUGGGUCUUUUGCCAAACCAGGGAGUGAGACUGGACAUUUCCCUGACUAUUUCGAGUCGGACCCUUUGGAGGGGUCAGCUGGAUGCCCAGGGACAGUCACCAGAUUGGCCGAGAGGGUGGCCACCUCCCAAAAAGGUCAAACCUGAACACACACUCUGGCUCACACCUGCACACCUCACCUUCCUUUCUGGGGAAAGUGUCAUUGGUUCCUACAGUAUCCACCCCGUCCUGGGGUACUGCCAUGUCAUUUGGACCUAGAGACCCAGGCCUCCACCCUGCCCCCUUCUUCACCUUGGAAUACGACGUGAGUGGUGUUUCCUGUGGUAAAAGACUUAGGCGGUUCAGGAGUCUGCCGGUAUACACGUUCCAAUGUACAUACGUGUCCCCAGGACCCCGGCCGUGGCCCCCACGGCGCUGGGCAGAGCGGAUGAGACUCCUUCCACUGCUGUGCCCCAGCUACCUGUGGCCAAGGGCUCCUGGAGACCCCCCUAACCUCCCCAAUACUAAGAAGCUAAAGUAUUUUAAUAUUUUUUUUUCUGGUGCCAGAGUUUAUACCCUGGGUGCUGGGGUCGCACUGUGUUUUAUAUAUAUAUAUAUGUGUGAGUGUGUAUAUCUGCAUAUAUACACUUACAUAUAUAACGUGUAUAUAUAUAUAUUAUAUUUUUUUGGUUGGGUUUGUUUUUAAUUCAGUUGUACAAAUGGUGGCAGCGCUGGAGCGGGAGGUGGAAAGGUGGGGAGGUGUCUCUCUGUGUGUCUCUGGAGGCCGUGUGGAGCGGCCCUCUGGAGACCUCCGUCCCUCUCCCAAGUGCCGUGGCUGUCCUGGGGCUGCCCCAGGUGAACAGAGGCGAUGAGGCGCACAGGGCAGACUACUUUCUCCAGGAAAUGAGGCUUCAUGAAGCCCAGGGACCCUGGGGCAAUUUUGGCCAAAGGAAACAGCCAGGCUGGGGUAGGACCGCGGGCCCACAGCUGGCCUGUCCCCCUCCCCUCACAUGGUGCUAGGUUGGGAGCUGCCCGGGCACUGGGAGGCCUACCGAGACCCAUACGGCUGCUCCAGGCUGCCCUGUAGACAGCAGGGUCUCGGGGCUAUUUUCUGGUUGGGGUGUGCUCCUUCCCUCUUUUUAACAAUGUGAAGUAGUAAGGCUGGGGUGCCUCUCCCCAGCCCCCUCCCAUCGCCAGUUCAGGUUCGAACUGACACCCAGGGAAUCCUGUCUGGAGAACCUUGUCUUGUUCAGAAGCUCUAGCAUCUUGGGGCUGGAAGGGUCCUCUGACAGGUUUGGAAACAGGUCCAGAAAGAGGAGGUGGCUGCCUGGGCUGCCAUCAUGGAGCUGGUCGGGAGCAGGCCAAGAAUUGAACCUGAGACUUCCAAGUCUGAGUCCAGUGCUCUUCUUCCAAUGCCACACUGCCUCUGAGCCCGUCUUUGGGACCCCACCUGUGCCAGGUUCCUGCCCCUCCCUCGGUCACACCCUUGGUCAUUCCAGGAUAUGGGGACAAACCACUCCUUGCUAGCCAGGGUGCCUUCGAGCCUUCUCAGCUCCAGAUCUGCAUUUACAUCCCUGUCUUGCUCUUCUGCCUCAAAGGUCCUUUCCAAACUGCAGGGCCUGGAUCUGUCUUAGUUCUGAACCAAUUCCCUUUCCCACAUUCUCCGCUGGGAUGGAGAGGAAAGUUGGAUGCUCAACGGGAUCGGCUUCCUAUGGUCUCACCGUCUGUGGGAGAAGGGGUCUUGUAUGUAGUGCCUCCCAGCAGGGCUGUCAAGCCUAGGAACCCUGGGCGAGGUCAGCCCACAAGGAAUGGGGCUCCCAGUGUCUGGGAGGGGGGUGCAUGCCUCCUUGCACACUCGUGAAGACCUGCCUGCACUAUGGAAACUGACUCCUGAGUGGGCAACCCCUGGUGCAGAUACCAGGCCUCUGCCCACCUGUCAGCGAGGUGCCGGGCUGUGUGACCCAUGAGGGCCCAGCACUCCUUGUUCUGAAUUCUGCACUCUGGGCUGGAUGCCUGGUGCAGGCAGCUCUCUGCCUCUGGCCCAAGGAAGGAGCAGGCAAGUUUUAAACCCUGGGGAAACAGAAGAUACUGGGGACUUUCGUCCAGGCCUAUCUGGGGGGCUGGGACUUCACCUGCCACACAUCCUUAAUGUGUCCUUAACGGCUUCUUCACCCCUUCCCACUACCCAGUCUCUGUUGGUCACCCACUGUUUGGACCUGCAGGUAUUGGGAGGAAGAGAGAGAGAUGCCCCCUUUGGGGCUCUCCGCGGUUGAGCACACAGGUGCCCUUCACAGGAGAAAACCAGGGGUCAGUGGGUGUGGCAGCGUCUUCAGAGGUCACCAAUGCACUAUAAGCGGUUGGCCAAAAACUUUUUAUAUAUAUAUAUAUAUUUAUAUAUAUGUACACAAACACAGGUACAUAUAUCUUAUCAGACUUGAUUCUAAAAUGUGCCAGCCCGUGUCUCCUGAGAGUUAAGGAGUUUUCUCCUACAUAGUGGCCAAAUGUCACACCCAAGUCGUUAAUAUCUACUAUUCCAUCUGUAUUCAGAUUUCGCACCCUCCAAAUAACUCAUAGCCUGGUUUUGGAAUCAGGAUCCAGUCAAGGUGCACAGGCUGCAUUUUGUAACUCUUUUUAAAAAUCUCCUUGGAUGCUGAAGAUUCCUCUUCUGCUCACUUUGAUUUUUAAAAAAUAAAUCAGCAUUACUAUUUAUAUUGAGUAAAAACAAUGUACACCAGAACGCAAGAACUGUUUGCCAGUUGUGCUGAGAUGGAGUCUGCUCAGUUUCCUCGUGGUGUGAGAGGGAGCUAGCGGGCCGCCUGCUGGAGACCUCGCCCUCCGGGUUGUGUCUGUCCUCGCUGUGUCAUAGAACAUGGCCCUUUGUCACGGGGAAUUGAGGCUAUGUGGGUUUUUUACCUUUUGUGCUGACUCGACAACUGCAGUGCAGCCUGAGACUCCUCCACUGUCAUGGAUACCAAGUGCCAAGCCAGGGAGGGGUGGGGCCCGAGCCCAGGAGCUUGGGGAUGGGGGAGGCCAGGAGGCAGCGCAGCUGGGAGGAAGGGGCUCUAGAGGAGGAGGUGGGCCUGAGGCUGCCCCAGCUGUGCGGGGCUGUGGGGUGAGGGGACCGCUUAGAAGACCCUGCUGCCCCUCAUGCCUGGCCGUGGAAUGCAGGCUGCUCUGUGGGCGGUUUCCCUUCCGAAGGCCCAGGGGCUGUGUUUUUGGGAGCAGAGCUAGGCCCCUGGGAUGCCUCCCCAUGGAAGGGCCUCUUUGGGGAGCUGACUCCCCCACUGUGAUGUGAGAAGAGCACUAGGCUGGCGGUCAGAGCCCUGAGGUUUCUUACCAUGGGGUGCAUUUGGAUCUGCGGGACAGGUAUCCCCCUGGGCUCAAUUUCCCGUUUAGGGAAGGAGCAGCUGGGGCCGCAGCAGGGUUUUAAACAAAGUUAGAGAAGGAAGGAAGCUCCUCUGGUGGCAGUGAGACAGAGGGCCAGACAGCCCCUGGCCCUGAGGCGGGCCCAGAUUGCCCUGGGCUUGCCCUCGCCAGCUCGGGUGGCGGGAGACUGCUCAGCUCCCAGCAGGGAGGGCAUGUGCUUUGCAGGACGGUCAGCGUCAAGGGCCUGGGGAGACCCUGGCUGUGUUUUCUCCCAAUACCUUCAUCACACCCUCUCUCCUUUCUUUCUCUGACCUUAAGGACGAGGGGGGAGAGGGCUUUCUAUGAUUGCUAGCUUCUGUUAUCACAAGAGGGCUCCUUUUGUAAUUUGUGCAUGAAAUUCAUGUCAUUUCCUGGGGAGAGGAGAGGGCUGACCGGAGAG